AAUAAUUAAUUAAAUAUCAUAUAAUUCAUAUAGAUGUAUAUGUAUAUUCGUUGUAUAGGUUCUUGGUUAUUCCCUUUCAUACCAAUUUUCCACUGUUUGAUCAAACUCAAUUAUUAGUCUCUAACCAAUCUUAAGUACUACUUUUCCACUACAGAUUUUAAAAAUGGAGGGAUCAAAUAGCAGUGGUGGGGAAAGUGUGGAUUUGUAUCUAAAAAAUUAUAAGUUGGGAAAGACACUUUGCAAUUGGUCAUUUGGCAAGGUGAAAUUUGCAGAGCAUGUAUUGACUGGUCAUAAAGUUUCCAUUUAUAUCAUUAAUUGCCGUUGGACAAAGAACAUACAAAUGGAAGAAAAAGUUAGAAGAGAAAUUAAUAUUUUAAAAAUGUUAAGUCAUCCUCACAUAAUACAAGUUUAUGGGGUGGUAGAAACCUCAACAGAGAUAUAUGUUAUUAUGGAGUACAUGGAAUUUGGAGAGCUUUUUGAUUAUAUAGUAGAAAAGGGUAGGUUACAAGAAGAUGAAGCUCGCAAAUUUUUUCAGCAGAUAAUCUCUGGUGUGGAGUAUUGUCACAACAAUAUGGUGGUUCAUAGAGACUUAAAGGUUGAAAAUAUACUUUUGGACUCAAAAUUAAAUAUCAAGAUUAGUGAUUUUGGCUUGAGCAACACUAUACAUUAUGGUCAGUUAUUUAAGACAAGUUGUGGAAGUGCUAACUAUGCAGCUCCAGAGGUUAUCUCUGGGAAAUUAUAUGAUGGACCUAAAGUAGAUAUUUGGAGUUGUGGUGUAAUUUUAUAUGCUCUUCUAUGUGGUUCUCUUCCUUUUGAUGAUGAAAACAUUCCCAUCCUCUACAAAAAAAUAAAGGGUGGUAUAUACAGUCUUUCUAGUCAUUUAUCACCUGGUGCUAGUGAUUUGAUAUCAAUGAUGCUUGAGGUGGAUCCAAUGAAGAGGAUUACUAUACUUGAAAUACACCAACACCCUUGGUUCACUAUUUCUCUGCCACAUUAUUUGGUAAUGCCACCACAAGAUACAAUGCAACAAGCCAAAAAGGUAUUAAAGUUGCAAUCUUCUAACGGUAUUGGAGAUGAGGCGAAGCUUAAGGCAUGUGCUGAAACAUUUAUAAGCUAAGGCUAUAGAGUUUCGUGUUUUGUUGAAUUUUUCAAUUUCUCAUUUUUUUCCUUCUUCAAAAACUUUAUAUGGCUUCUUCCAAAACCUUUAUAUUGAUUCUCUAAGAACUACUUUACUUAUGAUCAUAGAAGAAACUAUGGCUCGACAAUUUUAGUUGUAAAAAUUAUCUUAUCUACUAUCGAGAUUGAGUAUGUUUCUACCAAAAAAAUUUGUAAAAAAUUUAUUUAAAUGUAUGGACGAAAAAUUAUAUACAUCAACUCGGUUAUAUUCGACA